CCGAAUCAGUAUCACGCAAGUCAAGCAACCGAGGAUUGCUUUGCUUUUGUUAUUAUAAGUGAGUCUAAUUUCUAAAGGUGAGACAAUCGCCGAGGAAGUCUUGUUUAUUAUAGAAUCACGUCAUGAUCGUCGACCAGUUCAUCGCUGCAGCAAGCAGCGCAAAUCUCCAGACAAUUAGCCUCUUCGUAGCCGUUCUCUUGCUGACUCUCGCGUGGAUCCGUCGCCGCCAUCGUUCGAAGAACCUGCCGCCCGGUCCUCCGGCAUGGCCCCUGGUCGGUAAUGCUCAUGGGUUGCUGAAGGGUCAACUCCAUCACGUACUCGACAAGUGGGCAGGGGUUUAUGGCAAUGUCAUGAAAAUAUGGCUUGGGCCCCGUCUGGCAAUUGUUUUGAGUGACAUUGAACCUGUCAAGGAAGCACUCAUCAAACAAGCAGAUUGCUUCUCAGAUCGGAUGAUACAAGAUGUUCAACGAGGAAGCAUCGUUAUGUCCAAUGGGGACAUCUGGAAAGAACGGCGUCGCUUUGGGUUGAGCGCCCUACGAACUCUCGGCAUGGGCAAGAGGAGCGUGGAGCACAAAAUCAACGAAGAGGCCCGCUAUCUCCUGGACAGCUUCGACGGCCGAAGAGAUAAGCCCUUUGACCCUGAACACGACAUCCUAAACGCAGUCUCCAACAUCAUUUGUACAAUUAGCUUCGGCUACCGAUUUGAGUACUCUGACCCCAAGUUCGCUUACCUUAUUAAAAGCGUCAAAACCACUGUUGCCAGCUCGUCUUUUGCAAAGAUAAGAUUCUUUUCUAUUUUCCGCAAAAUGGACACUGAGACACGGGAUCGAAUUGAGAGUGUCAAGGCCUUCAUCCAAGAAGUUGUAAAGGAGCAUCAAGAGUCCUUUGAUCCUAAUGAUAUUCGUGAUAUCAUCGACAUGUACACUGAAGAAAUCGAACAACUGGGAAAAGCUGGAAUAGUGGGUGAAGAUGCUGCAUUUUGUAGAACGACGAUGUGGAGGGGCAUCUAUGAUUUGUUCGUGGCAGGGACAGAUACGACGACAAAUACACUGUUGUGGCUUUUGCUCUACAUAGCUGCCCACCAGGAUGUGCAGGAAAAGGUGCAGAAAGAGAUUAGUGAGGUAGUCGGAUGUGACCGUCAACCAACCAGCGAGGAUCGUGUCAAUAUGCCGUACACCAAUGCUGUGCUGAUGGAGAUACUACGCAUACGACCAGUCACUCCCUAUGGUGUACCUCAUAAGACCCAUUAUGAAACUGAAUUCCUUGGAUACACGAUCCCAGCAAACACAAUGAUAUUUGUCAACCACUGGACAAUAUUCCACGAUGUGAAAUACUGGAAGGACCCAGAGAAGUUUGAUCCCACCAGGUUCCUGUCCAGUGACAGCAAGACUGUGAAGAAACCGGAGGCUUUCAUCCCAUUCAGCCUCGGUCGGCGCGUUUGUAUGGGAGAAACCCUGGCUAAGAUGGAGCUGUUCCUUUUCUUUGUCAACCUCCUCCAGCGAUUCACAUUCUCCUUCCCUGCUGGCAAGCCCCAACCCUCUAUGGAAGGAAUCGCUGGCGUGACUCUGUCACCGAUGCCCUUCGAAUGCGUGGCUACAAAGCGGUAAAGCCAAGUGUGAGAAUGAACAGCCUGUGUUUAUUCUCGGUUUUAAUGCUUUUUAGCCGUUUCAAGACUAAAAUGUUACGCAGAGCCGGAUCCAGGGGGCGUGGAGGGCGCACGUCCAUUUUUCACCCACCCACCCAUCAAACCGAAAAUCAUUGACUUCCAUUUUGUUUCUAUGUUGCAGAAGAAAAAUGGGUAUGUAUAUGUAAGGUUGCUAGCAUGAUUAAUAAUUCGUAGAGCUGCUUUCUUGUAACGAUAGUCGGUUGAUUGAGUUUUCAGACAAGCACGCCAAAGUUAAAUUCCAUAGUUGUUGGAAGACAAAAGUAGGAUAGUUAAGUAGUUAGGUACAAAAGACGCAAUUCUAUUGAGUACACCAAUAUUAUAGGUAAUCGAUGUGGUUGUUCCAGGAUAAUUUAUUAUCAACGUAUAAAUCCAGAAAUUUAGUGCAGUCUGUCAAAGUACUUUUGCUUUUAUGUACCUUGGUGAAGUUUGCAACGAAUUACUAAACAACAUUUAAUGAAAGUUUGUUGGCUUUUGCCCAGUCGGAUAUUGAUUCAAGUUAAGAGUUUACAGUGGCAAUCAAUAGACAAAUUUACUGAUAAAUUCCUAUUUAUGUGCGUAUGCGCAUGAAAGGCAAGUGGAGGCGAAAGUCGUGAGCGGCCCAUUAAAAAUGAAGACGGGCACAAAUUUCAUCGUCAUUUUUCUCACAGCUUUUGUCAAUUGAUUCUUGAUGUUGUGGUGUUUUCACUAAUAAUUUGGUUUAAAACUUUCCAAGUGCGUUAGAAGGUAGCUAGAAUCAUUUUGUAUCAGGUAGACAUUGGUUCGUUUCAUUACGUUUAGCAACAAUGAUGAAACAUUGAAAAAUUUAUGAUAGAGCUUUUUCUUUUACUUUUAAACAAAUGGUGUGAUCGAAGAUAAUUUGGGAUUGUCCUUAUUUUUCUUUUCUGCAGGGAACAGUUUUGUAUCAUGUAAUAAUUCAAAUCAUGUGUUACUUUGUCUAGAUUAUUUUUGGUAGAGAGUUGCCUUUUGGGAUAACUUUGGGGGAAACAUUAGACAUUGGUAUUGGACAAAUUGGAAAAUGGUUGCCAAAAUCUGAAUUUAGAAUGAAAUGAAUAUAAAAAUGAAACCAGACAUGUGUAAGACUUUGGUGAAUAUUAUCGUCAAUUUGUGUACCUGAGUUUUGGGUUACCCCCGUCGGCUUAUCUGUGAGUAGAAUGAAGGAAUAUGAAAACCUGAUAUUAAUGACAUUUUGAACUAAAGUACUCUCUUCACAAUUUAGAAGGUUUAUCUUGGUAUCCAACAAUUAAACUAUGUUAAUUCUCAUUUGAAAUUUUCUUUCUUUUCUGUGAUGUGUAUUAAAUCAGCUAAUAGUUUUUUCUAAG